AUGAACGAUCACAAAUUGCUGGUGGCCAAAAUUGUGGUUAUUGUUGUCCUGCUGCUGGUCACAUUAAUCUUCUGCUUCAUACCCUAUGUGCUCGAUCGCUGGUUCAAGUGGACGCAACGGACGCAGAGCAAUGCUCGCGAUUUUCUGGCUGUCCUUUGCUUGCUCAACUUUGGCGGAGGUGUCCUUAUUGCCACCAUGGUGAGUGCCUUGCAACAGUGCCACAUGCUGGCGGCAACGCCCUUCGCUCUGGCCGAGAUGCUGAUGUGCACUGGCUUCUUCCUGAUGUACGCCAUCGAGGAGCUGAUGUACUUCAUUGUGGGACGACGACAUCGGCGCAAGCAGCAGGCGCUGGAACAGGCACCCGAACGGGAUUCGAAGCAGGAGCUGCAGCAGCUGGAGCAAGUCGAGCCGGAGCAGCCCAAUUGGCUGCGUGGCCUGGGCAUUAUUGUGGCUCUGUCGCUGCACGAACUUUUCGGCUGCAUGGCCAUCGGCCUGGAGGAGAGCGUGGAUACGGUUUGGUUUAUGUGCGCCGCGAUUGCGGCCCACAAGCUGGUCCUAGCCUUCUGCAUAGGCAUGGAGAUUAUGAUGGCCCACACACGUUGGCUAAUUGCUAUCAUUUACCUGGUCGUCUUCUCUAUAGUCACGCCCAUCGGCGUGGGCAUUGGCAUUGCGGUCAGCGAGAGCUCGAGCGCAAAUCAGCCUAGCAUUCCGGCGGGCAUACUGCAGAGCAUCGCCUGCGGCACGCUGCUCUAUGUGGUCUACUUUGAGAUUGUGGCCAAGAAUCAUGCUAGCUGGCGCAUAUUUCUAUGCUCCUUGGGUGGCUUUCUGCUCAUGUUUGGCUUGCAAAUUGCAGUCGUUGAAGCUGCGGGCAAAUCCGGAAAUGAAUGCCCUUCUGUUGGAGCAAAAAUUAAUGACUAA